AUGGAACUCAUCAUAGGGUUUCUAUACAUUGCAUUAACCUUACUAACAACAUCUCAGGCAGCCGAACCCUCCCAAAUCCGGCUUCUCCGGCCGCGAUUCGGCAGCGGAGGCCGCCGCGUCGAGGGCUUGGACUGCCUGAGCUGGCGGCUGGCGGUGGAGACCAACAACCUCCGGAGCUGGAAGGUGGUGCCUCAGUCGUGCGAGGACUACGUCGGCAACUACAUGCUAUGCCGCCAGUACCGCCGCGACAUCGAGGUCGUGGCGGAAGCCGCCGUCGAAUACGCAAAGAGCAUCCAAGGCGCCGGCGACGGCAAAGAUCUUUGGGUGUUUGAUAUCGACGAAACAUCCCUUUCCAAUCUCCCUUACUAUGCUCGAUCCGAUGUCCAAUUUGGGGCAAUAGCAUACAACGAAACAGGGUUUAAUCUGUGGGUGGCGGAAGGGACAGCACCGGCUAUUCCGGCGAUCCUCCGGCUCUACAAGACGGUGCUAUUUCUAGGGUUUAAGACUGCAUUCAUUUCAGGAACACUUGAUGCAUACACAGACAUAAAGAUAGUCAAUUUAAACCAAGCUGGUUAUAUUUAG